AGUAUCGUCUACACCAUUGUCCGGCCAACAUGUUACCUCAACGCAUCCCCUUCUCCGAAGAUUUCUUUUUCCGUCAGCUCUUCGAUACGGAAAGCAGUACCUACACCUAUUUAUUGGCCGAUUUGACUACCCAUGAGGCCAUUAUUAUUGAUCCAGUUUUGGAACAGGCCAAACGUGAUGCCCAAUUGAUUAAGGAUUUGGGUUUCACUUUGAAAUAUGCCGUCAACACCCAUAUGCAUGCUGAUCAUAUUACCGGCAGCGGCUGGUUGAAACAAUUAUUGCCCGGCUGUAAAUCGGUUAUUUCCGAGGCAAGUGGUGCAAAGGCUGAUAUUAAAAUCCAUGAAGGUGAUAAAAUUGAAUUUGGACGUCAUGCCAUUGAAUCGUUGGCUACACCCGGCCAUACCAAUGGUUGUAUGACCUAUGUUAUACCCGAACAAGGUUGUGUCUUUACGGGAGAUACUUUGUUGAUUCGUGGUUGUGGUCGCACUGAUUUCCAAGAGGGCAACUCAAAGAGCCUUUACGAAAAUGUACAUAGCAAAAUAUUCACCCUGCCUGAGAAUUUCCGCAUCUACCCUGCUCAUGAUUACAAAGGUCAAAUGGAAAGUUCAGUAUUUGAAGAGAAGAAAUACAAUCCUCGUCUAACAAAAUCUUUGGAAGAAUUUAUUAAUAUUAUGGAUAAUUUGAAUUUGGCCUACCCUAAGAAAAUUGACAAAUCCUUGCCAGCCAAUAAGGAAUGUGGUCUCUAUGACAUACCCAAGGAAAAUUAAAGGAAAUUAAA